CAAUUUUUCCGUAAAGUUACGUCAUAUUAGAAGCUUCUUGAAGGAUUGCACCAUCUUUCGCGUGUCCAAAACGUUUUGAGCCCGUCAGUCUUUUGAAGUUGCCCAUACAAGGAGAGAGCAAAGGCGUUCACUACAGACUUUGAAUCCCUGGCGUUUAGUCAUCUCUCUCUCUCUCUCUCUCUCUCUCUCUCUCUCUCUCUCUCUCUCUCUCUCUCUCUCGCAUCACUUUUGAAUUCAUAUUAACGUAACGUAAAAAUUUAAUACUUACUGAAUGGUCACUCGUAAAUUUUAGGUUUUGGAUUUCUCAGAGUUUAGUAUUAUUUAGUGCUCUUUGUAGAAUCUGAACAAACACAAACAUUAUACAAGUGUGUAACAGCGCCUUUUCUCUUUUGAAAUAUGGUGAAUUGUGUGGUGAAAUUGUGAAAGUAGCUGCAGCAGAAAGAAACCAUUGGUACCAAGAAACAGGCCGACUGUCCAUGAACUUAUAAAACGUUGGAGAAGAGGACCCCCUGAAGAAGAUGAUCGCUGACGACGAGGGAGAGACUCAGUCAGGUGCCUCCGGCAGUAGUCUGGAGGAGAUAACCUUGGUGUCCAUACGGUACGGAUGGUUCUAUUUCAAUCCCGUGUCCAAAAACGGAAGGGCGUUACAUCUUGUGCAGAUGCUGGUUCUUCCUUUCAUCCCAAUCAUUGCUCUGCUGACACAGAACUUCAUGGUGAUGAAUAAGGCCUUCAACUACAGGGAUGAAAUCACCGCAAUCGCUAACCAGGUACAAGACACCGUCGACAUUGGUCAGGUACUCAGAGCUUUGCAGAUGGAGAGAGCAGAAGUUGCCUAUUACGUUCUUUCUAACGCUUCUGCUGCCCUGAGAAUGAAUCUCAGCUCUGUCUUCGACCGAACCGACCGAAAGAUCGAGAGUGUCGUCAGGUGGCCCGAGCUUGACGUGGCUAACACACCCAGGGGCAAGAUGUUCAAGUCCAGAGUUCGAUUCCAGAUCCGUCUGGAGGACUUCAGGGAUUCGAUCGACCCUUACGAGACCAAAAUCACCAAGGUGGUCUGGUGGUACAACAAUGCGAAUUCCAUCUUGCUGAGCGUUCUGGUGUCUCGGAUCAACGACGCAGAUGCUUCGAACAUGUGGAGGACGCUGGUGGCUUACAAGAAUCUCAUCAGGGCGGAGGAGCAUUUCGGAAUUGCCAUGGUGUACGGCUCGGCCUACUACCUCCGAGGGGUCAUGGAUUCGUCGACGUACCUAGCCUGGGUCGAAGCCAACUCUCUGGCCUGGUCUUGGCUUAACCAAACGCUGGCUCUAUCGCCCACUGUAGAGGAAAGGCUGAACAAGCUCGGGAUCUACGAUGCAGAUAUGGAGGAUAUUGCAGAAAUAGAAGAGAUAAUCAACAACCAACCUCGAAACAGCUCUCUUGAAGCUGCAAACAACUUCUUGCAGGAGACUGCUGCUUUCCUGGAUUCUGUCCGGGAGGUUGAAUCAACUCUUGUCGUAGAUAUCAGGGAGAAAAUCGCAGAAGACCUGGACAGAGCGGACCGUCAGUACACUUUGGCCCUGGUGGUGCUGGUGGUGGUCCUCGUCAUCUCCCCCAUCAUUAUUCUCCUGGUUCGGAAGGCUACGGGACUCGUACAUUCCUACGCAUCGAAUCUGCUUUCGAAGUCGGUUGAGGUGAAGCGCGAAAAACGGAAGAGCGACAACCUGCUUUAUCAGCUACUGCCGAGGACUGUUGCUCAUUAUCUCAAGCAGUCCAAACAGGUUCCGGCAGAGUUUUUCGAAUCGGUCACCAUUUACCUGAGCGAUAUCGUUGGUUUCACAAGGAUCUCUUCUGAAAGCAGCCCUCUGCAAGUGGUGAUGCUCCUCAACACCCUCUACAAGCAGUUCGACACCAACAUCGAGAAGUUUGAUGUUUACAAGAUGGAGACCAUUGGUGAUGCUUACAUGGUGGUGUCGGGACUGCCAAACAGGAAUGGUGACCGCCAUGCCUCCGAGGUCGCCGAGAUGUCUCUAGUCCUUCUGGACAUGGUGUCCAAAUUCGAGUUCCUGCACAAGAAGGGGGAGAUGCUCCAAGUUCGCAUCGGUAUACAUUCUGGUCCCUGCGUCGCUGGUGUUGUAGGGACGAAAAUGCCUCGGUACUGCAUGUUUGGGAAGACGAUCACCACAGCGCACUUCAUGGAAUCGAGCGGGAAACCCAUGAAGAUCCACGUCAGCGAGACGACCCACAAACUGUUGGCCAAAACCGAAAAGUACAAUUUGGAAUUUCAUCGACGACUGCAGGUCGUUACUAAGUACCGCGCGCAAACCCAGGAGGAGGUGGAGAUAGACACCUACUGGCUCCUGGGGCGGAAGAGCUCCACCAAUCCCAUCCAGUCGGUGGAGAUCGACAAGGACCAGACUCCUGCGUUCCUCCAGUACAUCACCGAGAGCGAGGAGGCCAAGGCCCUGAGGCACAUGUCCACGAGCAAAGUAUGAGGAAGAGCCAGAUCCGGGCAUCGAGGAUCACUACAGCAGGAGGAGAGACGAGACAAAGAAGAAGAGUUGACCUGUCUGAAGUCAGACCAGACUUGCACCAGAGAACAGCAGAACAGACACCAACGGAAGAUCAGUAUUACCAGAAGGUUAUCCAAAGUUUCACUCUCAGGCUGACCAUUUUAGGGUUUUCUUUUUAUUUGUUGGAUUUCAGGUUUAGGGAAAUCGUGACUGAAGCACUCAUUGGCACAUUAAAAUUUAGUGUUAGUGUUAAUCGUUUCUCUGUAAGUAUUAAGUUUUUUUUUUUAGAAUAUCAUUAAGUAUCUAGGGAAUCCGCCUGAAGUAUAAAUCACAAUAACUUAAACUCACAAUAUAUAUAUAUAUAUAUAUAUAUAUAUAUAUAUAUAUAUAUAUAUAUAUAUAUAUAUAUAUAUAUAUAUAUAUAUAUAUAUAUAUGUGUAUAUAGUUAUAUAUUAAAGUGAUACUCAAUAAAGGAACUCCCUGUGCAAAAACCAACAGCAACAUUAGUUGCCUGAUUGCCUGGUACAUCUGCACAAAAGGCUUAUCGGCAUCACGCUGAACCCUCCUGCUUACUACAUCAUUCUUGUACGAGUUCAUGCUUCUUGGAUAUCGAAGCCUCUGUUGUCCAUAACUACAGUUAUCUGGGAGUCUAUGGAAAGCAAAUAUGAAGGGAUCGUUGGGCAAUCUCUCCUUUAUGGAAGUGACGUCUAAAACUUGCGAAUAGUACACACUUUUCACCAGUCUACCAUUCUCCAUUCUUUCAUCCCUGGAAGUUCCUCAAGAUUUUCUAAGCAUUUAAACCCAACAGCUUUAAUCUUUAUUCCAUCAUUCAAAUUCAGUUUCCAGACGUCACUUCCAUGAAGGAGAGAUUGCUCAACGAAUCCCUUCAUACUUGGUUUCCAUAAACUCUCCAAGGAUCCUUCCUUCACUGAUACUAUAUUAUCACACUCCUUAUCCCAUUCCUUCUGUCAAACACUACAUUUACUCCCAGAUAUCUGUAUGGAUGUCCCUUAGUAGUGUAGUACCGUAAGUGCACUUCACUGGGUGCACUAUAGUCAUCACUAAAGAUUUUUUUGCUGUGUUCCUUCACAGCUGCAACCUCUUUCAUUAUUUUCACUCUACCUCCAUUCAUAUCAUCUUUCUUCCAUCUUGCAGUCCACCCUUUCAUAACAAUUAUUUCACAACUGUGAGGUUUCCUUCUUGUUACAGCUUUCAAACUUACCUACUCUGUUUCCCUUCCAGCUCUGAAUAACCUCAUCGGCCCUCAUCCUUGUCCUUAGAUAUUCUUUAAAACAAAAAUAAAAUUAGAAUGUUAAAAUUUAUGAUCUCUAAGCACACUUACUGCAUUCUAGUCAAGUCUAAGAUAGUAGCACUUAGAGAAUAUACUGUACCUACAACUAUGCAAGCAGGUUUAAUGCAGUUUUUGAGUACUUCACUUAUCAGUAGGGUUGCACGAGUUAAACAUAUAUUCUACGAGAACUGGCACUGAACUGAAGUUAUAGUUGUUCAGUGGCAGAAUGUAUUUCUAAUAUUUUAGUCAGUUAGUAUGUGAAAUUAGAAACUAGAGUUGAUAAUAAACAAAAAUUGCAGA